AACAACGAAAACCCAAAAUCCCACCGUGAUUAACUUCUGCGGGUACUUAUAAGUUUUGUGAUGUGUCAAAGAGUUUUUCCUCAUAGUUUUUUAAUUAUCUCAAAUGCAGAAACUUUUAAACUUAUUAUUUGAGUUGUAGUGAAUCGAAGUUGAUAGUUUUAUGUCCUGUCAGUCCUGUGACAUAAAAAAAAAUUUGUCUGACUGUGAAAGAAGCACAAAUUAAUUGGACAUGUCGAGGUCGAGGUUAUAUUUGAGAUGAGUUGACAAGAGAGCUGAUUAGUAGAAAAUACUUCAAAUGUUGAAAACAAUUUAUCUAACCCUAGAGGAUGUCGAAAAGAGCCAAAAUAGAGCUGGUAUCUGAACCAUGUCCCAUCAAACCUCGAAAAAUCAGUCCGCAAAAUGUAGUCGUGAGACUGCGUCAGAGAGAAAUGAGAGGAAUUUCUUACCCUGGAACUCCAAACUAUACUUCAAGGCAGUUUUACCAGAAUGUCUUCCCUAAUUACACGGUAUUUAACGUUGAAAAGCCACCGUGUUUUCUUAGAAAAUUCAGUCCAGAUGGCAAGUACUUAAUAGCUUUUAGUGCAGAUCAAACUUCGCUGGAAGUUUACGAAUACCAAGGAGCUGCUGCAGCGGCAGACCUAUUGAUUGGUUGCAGAGGAGAGUACAUUGGACACAAAAAUGACGAUAAAUCGUUUAAUAUCAGACGCCACAUUUUUAAAAGAUUUUUUAAAACCAAAUGGAUUAUUAACGUUGCACAAAGUAAUGAACAGUUGAAUAGAGAAUGCAGUCUUUUUACCGAUGAUGGACGUUAUGUUAUUGUUGGAUCAGCUGCUCACAUUCCUGAUGAUUUGAGACCUCAUUUUUAUCAGAUCUAUUCCAAUAAUGAAGCCUUAACUCCAAAUCCUAGAAAUCCUUUAGAAGAUUACAGUAUUUACUUGGUUGAUAUCCAAUGUGGAAGACUCUGUGAUACAAGACAGUUUAAAGUAGAUAAAAUUUUUCUAUCCCAAAACCAAGGACUUUAUUUAUAUAAAGACAUUCUUGCUGUUUUAUCUGUGCAACAUCAAACAAUUCACAUUUUUCAACUGUUAGAUGGAAAGUUUUUAAAUGUCAGAAAAAUCGGCAGAUUUUGUCUUGAGGAUGAAUCAUACUUGGUAUCAAGUGCUUGGCCAGGUGUUAAUAACAAACCCUUUAGAGAUGUAACAAUCAAUAGUUUAAAACACAAACUUCUUGUAUUUUUGUUCAAAAGAGCCGAUUAUAUCAGUCAUUGUUCUGGAAACUCUUACGAAUUAGGACGCUUUUACCAGUGUUUUGACCAACUCAAUUCGUUAAGAAUGUGGAAGAUGCAGCUAUUAGAUACAAAUCAUAUUUUAAUUAGAUAUGCUAGUGAAGAAGUGGCCACGAUACAAGCUAAUGAACCAAACGCUCAGCCAGCUCUAUUAGUUGUUUAUGACAUUGUUUCUGCAACGAUCUUAUCUGUAUAUGACAAUACAUCUACAGAACUUUUAAAACAUUUUGAAAAUUUCACAGAUUUCUUUAGAAAUGCUAGAUCGGGCACAGAUUGUCAGUACAUGUGCUUACCCUCUAAUAAUAUUUACGCAAGGUUGAUGCAGCAAAGAUUCAAACAAACGAUAAUAAGUGCACGGUUUGGUGGUGUAACUGAAGCCACUAGAAGAUUGCUUGCUCAGUUACCGAUUUGCGCCCAAUCUUACUCCAGUUCUCCUUAUUUGGAUUUAUCGUUGUUUUGUUAUGACGAUAAAUGGGUGUCUAUGAUGGAGAGGCCGAAAACUUGUGGGGAACAUCCUAUAAGGUUUUAUGCUCGAGAUUCGGGACUAUUGAAAUUCCGAAUGCACGCAGGAAUAUGGGGAAGAUCGACGCCUGUGAAUGCCAGAAGACUUGUGGCUUUUACGUUUCAUCCUACUGAUCCAUUUGCAAUAUCGGUUCAACGUACCAACUCGGAAUACAUUGUUAGUUUCCACGUCCGUCACAGUUGA